UAUUCUGGUAUGUUACUUCCCACUUUUUUUUUUAAAUGUGGACCAUCAGCUACUGCUUAUACAGCAACUUGGCUUGUCAUAUUUAGCACGGUCUGCAAUUGCUUCGUUUCGCGAUUAGUACGCUGGUCUUAACUUCAGGUGCGACUAAACAGUGUUUACAAGUUUCUUUUUUGACUCUUUUUUAUAUCUCGAAUUUUUUUUUAUUGCAUACUUCACAUUACAUUAUGGCUAUUUCAUCUCAUCUCAAUAUAAGGUCUUUAUACCCAGGUUAUCCAUUUCAAGAUUUUCUAUUUCAAGGGCAAGGUCGGAUGAAUCAACUGGGUGGAGUGUUUAUCAAUGGACGACCUCUACCUAAUCAUGUCCGUCUAAAGAUCGUAGAAUUGGCCGCAGCCGGUGUCCGUCCUUGCGUCAUCAGUCGACAGUUGAGAGUAUCUCAUGGAUGUGUGUCCAAAAUCUUAAAUAGAUAUCAGGAAACAGGUAGUAUUAGACCUGGUGUGAUUGGAGGAAGCAAACCACGUGUUGCCACUCCUGAAGUUGAAAAGAAAAUUGAGGAAUAUAAAAGAGAUAAUCCUGGUAUUUUCAGCUGGGAAAUCAAAGACAGACUAGUCAAGGAUGGUAUCUGUGAUAAAGAAUCAGUUCCGAGUGUCAGUUCCAUCAGUCGUGUGCUCCGUGGUUCACGCCUUGGUUCAAGUGAAUCUGGUGAUUCAUGUGACGGAAGCAAAAAGGCCGAUCACAGCAUCGAUGGUAUUUUGGGAGGUCGCUUAGGCAACGAUGAAUCUGAUUGUGAAUCAGAACCGGGCAUUCCUUUAAAACGAAAACAGCGCAGAUCUAGAACAACCUUCAGUGCAGAACAAGUGGAAGAACUGGAAAGGGCAUUUGAAAGGACUCAAUAUCCCGAUAUCUACACCAGAGAAGAACUAGCUUUGAGAACAGGCCUCACUGAAGCACGAGUUCAAGUAUGGUUUAGCAAUCGUCGUGCUCGAUGGAGAAAGCAAGUUGGAGGCCAACACUUGACUGCCGCUUUUUCUGCAGCACCAACUGUUCCGUUGGGUUACUCAGCCAAUCCUCACUGCUAUGAAGCAAAUGCUCACCCUGAUGCCAGUACAUGGCAUCGAGCACAAGCCCUGAGUGGUACUACAUCUACAUCAGGAUUUCAACCUUCUUUCUCCUCAAGUCAUUCCACAGCUUAUUCACAACUACCUCCUGAACCAUGCGUCAAUCCAGCCCCACUAGCCCAACAGAUGUUCUCUAUUUUGGGAAACUCAGUCAAUACUAACUCCCAAGUGUCUUCUACUUCUGAAUUCCAUCUACCACCAACAAACAGCGAGAUGGGAUGGAACUCUGCAAACAUGCAACCUCGACCCGACACUACAUCUUCGUGGAACCCCGCACCAUUUCCUACAUCAACCGAAAACUAUACUGGGAUGCUUAACAACACUGAACCUUACGUGAGUACUGCAUACAAUAACUUACAAGCUGCUCAUCACUUCAUGGGUUUGGAUGUGAAACCUUAUACACCACAAUUCCCAACAGUCAACUCAAAUUCAGUAUAUAAGGAGUUUGACAAUUCUUGCAAUGGAUUAGCAUCUCUAAGACAAAAAUCUCGACAACAUGCAACUGCUUUAGGAAUCUACUGAUGACAUGAAUGGGAAUCUACUGAUGAGGGUUCAAAAGUCUACUGAUGAUGAUUCAGAAGUCGUCUGGUGAUGAUUUAGAAGGUUAAUGAUGAUUCAAAAUUGCAACUUCUUAAAAAAAAAGUAACAACCUGUUGAUGACUACAGUUCAGUCUGACUUUCGGAGAACAAGUUGAAGUAUAGCAUUAUUAGACCAUGUCAUUCUACCUUGUCAACUCAGAAUUCUCAGCAUACAAAGGAAAAUGGGAAUCAUCAACAAUACUAUACAAAGUA